UCCACGAAACGGCACGUCGACGUAGCAACCCGGUGCACGUUUCCCAGAAAUUCCAAACAAAAUUCACCAUUACCCUGUAAUAAUACUGAAUUAAAAAAUGAAGGAACAGCUAAAGGAAUUAGCAAUUGAACUCUAUGAAAUCGACGCAGUGAAAUUCGGUGAUUUCGUCACUAAAGUAGGAUUAAAAACCCCAGUAUAUGUUGACUUGAGGGUGAUAAUUUCAUACCCAAAGAUAUUGAAAAAAAUAUCGAAAACUCUGUGGGGUUUAGCUGAGGAUGAUAAGGUGGUUCAAAUCUGCGGUGUGCCAUACACCGCGUUGCCAAUAGCGAGUGUUAUAUCAGCGGAAUCGGACAUUCCAAUGGUGAUUCGACGAAAGGAAGCGAAGGCCUAUGGUACAAAAAAAUUGAUCGAGGGGAGCUUCAAGCAAGGGGACACGUGUGUGAUCAUCGAGGACGUUGUGACGAGUGGCAGCAGCAUCCUGGAGACCGUCAGGGACCUGAAGAAUGAGGGUCUCAAGGUCACAGAGGCCCUGGUCAUCAUGGACAGGGAGCAGGGAGGCAGGAAGAACAUCGAGAACAGUGGAAUCAAGAUGCAGAGCCUUUACACACUCACCCAACUAAUGGGUUACCUCUUGGAAGCGAAGAAAGUCACUGCGGAGACUGUGGAGAGAGUCACUGAGUACCUGAAGGAGAGCAGAGCUCCGGUCAAGACCUUUGAAGAUGAAUCUGCCCCAAACAGAUUGAAACUAGACUUUGCGGAGCGUUCAAAAGUCGCCAAGAAUCCUCUAGCUGCAAAACUCCUGAAUCUCAUGAGCCAAAAGGAAACAACCCUCUGUCUCGCAGCAGACUUGACGUCCGCCGACGAGAUAAUCGACCUGACGGAGCGCGCAGGGCCGCACAUAGCUGUGCUAAAGAUCCACGUGGACAUAAUCGAGGACUUCGACCAGACCUUCAUCCAGAGACUGAAGCACCUGUCCUCGAAGCACAAGUUCUUCAUAAUGGAGGACAGGAAAUUCGGGGACAUAGGGAACACAGUGUCCCUUCAGUACGGAAAGGGUGUGUACAAAAUAGCAGAAUGGGCGGAUUUGAUCACUGCCCAUCCUGUCCCAGGCCCAGGGCUCCUGGAUGGGCUCAAAAAAGCCCAGAAACACGUCUCCGAAGAUCGUGGGGUGUUCCUGAUCACUGAGAUGUCCUCGAAGGGAGCUCUGACAGGAGAAAAUUACGUGAAGGAGUGCUUGGCACUCAGCAAAGACUCGGACAUUGUGACGGGACACGUUUGCCAGUCUAAUGUCUUCUCUGACCCUGGAUUGAUCCAACUAACCCCUGGAGUUAAACUCGCUAAAACUUCUGACAACCUGGGGCAACAGUACAAUACCCCAGAAGCAGUUGUCAACGCUGGAGCUGAUCUAGCAGUCGUCGGACGGGGCAUCACCGAAUCCCUCGACAAGUUAUCAUCAAUUCUCAAGUACAAAAACCAACUCUGGGCUGCGUACAAAAACCGAAUAAGCUCGUGAUUUUUCGAUUAUUUUUGAUUAUUAAUACUAUGUUUGAGCUAAGUCGCACAAUCAACAUUUUAUAAAACAUAUUUUCGAUGCUAAUUCACUGUAUAAAAUAAGUCUAGAAUAUUUUUUCUGAAAAUAUACAAGAUACUAUGAGGAUUUCCAUGAGCUAGAUUUGUAUGAGGUAACAUUUGUUACGUUUACAAUGUCCAUCAUUCACAUGACCUUAAAAAUGCCUGGGGUACAACACUCCAGAAGCAGUUGUCCACAUCGGAGCUGAAUUACAAAGAUAAGCCUCAUGAUUUUUCGAUUGUUUUUAUUAUUAUCGUUUGAACACCAUUCCACAAUCAAAAUUUUAUAAAAAAUAUUUUCGAUGUUACUUGACUGUACAAAACACCUCUAGAAUAUUUUUCCUGAAAAUAUACAAGAUACAAAAUGUAAUAUCUA